CUCCAGCCUCGACCUGAUAGGGAAGUCAGUGUACAUGUUGCUAGGCAACGAGAGGCCAUCUGAACGACGGUGUUUUCACGCGAAUUCUGCUCAUACAAGGACAAAACUACCUAAAAGUGCGUCAGUUUGCAUCUAAUGCUAGCUAGCUACUUCUAAAGUCGACUAUUAGUUUGUGAUUAGUGCACACUGACAAUGCCGUUCAGCGCCGAGGCCAUUAAGCCGCCCCUUCAUGACCAAAUAACAGAACUGCAGAGGAAAAUUCAACUUCUUGAGGGCGACAGAAGUGCAUACUAUGAAAUGUCUCAGUCAAGCAUCAAGAAAAACAGGAAUUCUAUCCUUCAGCUGAGGCAGGAGAACAAGAGACUACACAAGAAGUUGGCUAACGCUCUUGCUGGGGACGAGCAGGUGAUAAAGGAGGCCUUCCAAAGCCGAGGCAUGGAGAAAGCUGCCUUCAGAAACAUGUCAGGGAAGGCUGCUCUCAAGGUGCUGGACCAGAAGGUGUGUGACAAGAUGAAGAAGCUGAACGCUCUAAAGCACACCACCCAGACGUACCGUCGUCGCCUGGAGGACCUACAGACACUGUACCAGAGUAUGAAGCCAGAGAACAGGGGACCAGAGAGAGACACGGAGAGACGCAGCGAGGAGGCCAAGAACUUGCAGGUGCUGGAGAAUCGUCUGGAAAAAGCCCAGCUGAAGUGCCAGGAGGCUGAACACAUCAUGAGAGGCUAUCUGAAACUAAAGGCCCACCUACAGGAGGAGAGCCUGACCUUCCAGUCCCAGCUGGAUAAACUAGAGGCUGAGAUCCUGAGACAGAGACAGGAGCUGAAGGACCUGCAGGUCCUGAACAGUGACGCACUCCUCUCCAAAGACACUGCCAAGGCAGAGCUGCAGCGUCAAGAAGAACAGGUGUAUAGGGAGAGGAAGGACAGAGAGUGUAUCCUCACCCGUUACAAGAAAGAGGCAGAGGACCGUAAGGCUCAGGCUGAGAGAGUGGAGAGAAGGGCCCAGCGGGCAGCCAUGCAGCCUGACGAGCUGAGUAGCGACGCCCAGCGCAGUGCCACCGGGCUGGGGGAGGAGGAGAGGGCCAUCUCCACCUUCGAAGAGGCCUUCAGACGCAUCAAGGAGGCCACGGGGGUCACUGACACACGGGAGGUGGUGGAGAGGUUCAUCUCCCAGGGAGACACCCAGCAGCACCUGGAGGAUCUGAAGAAGGAGAACCAGAGAACCCUGGUACAGCUGAAGGAGGACAGGGACCGUCUGCAGGAACACUUCCAGGACAUCAAGUACUCCGGGGAGACCAAGCUCUCCAGUGGUCAGCAGAUGCUGGAGGACUGUAAGCGCCACCUGCAGGCGGAGCAGGGGAGCCGUGACGCCGCCAAGGAGCGUCUGGACUGGCUGACCCGUACCCUGAACACGGUCCGGGCCGGGGUGGAACACCUAUCUGACAAACUGCAGCACAUCAAGCUGGGUGACCGACUGGAGCCCCAGCUGCCCCCCGGCUCAGAGGAGUACGUGGUGGAACUGCUGUCCCAGUCAGAGCAGAAGCUGCUGUUAUUGCAGGAGGAGCUCCAGGGGAAGGACCUGGCCGCCGUCAUGAAGGAGAUGGAGGAAGAGGAGUUCCAUGCCAGCAUCGAGGGGAAGCUGCCCCAUUGCAACACCCGCAUCAAGCUGCCUGAGGCUCAGAGACAGGACCCAUAUGAUGAAGAGGAGGAGAGCGGGGACGAUGAGGGUGACAUUAUCACCAGGGCGAUACUGAAGCACCAGUCUCAGCUCAUCAUCGACUCCAAGACUAAGAGGAAGACCAGGACCAAGAAGAAAAAGGGCAAGCUCUGAUCCUAGAUCAGUUAGGCUGGCUAGAGGUCACAAGAGCCAUAGAAAUAUAAUUGCUAGAAUGGGGAGUUUGUGUUUAGUGAUAGGUCAUAGGUCAUAUUUGUGCCCUGGAUUGAGUGAAAAUACUUUUGCUUAGAUGGCAUAGGGGACUUGAGUGAAAUCUUACUCCUCACAUAUAAUUAUUCAGUUAGCUAAAUAAUUAUAUUCCUUAUUAACUAAUGGAAUGCACAGUAAAUGUAUAUUGUAUAUUUGGGAUGAUACUAUAGCUAGGGGAACGUUGUGGUGGCAGAUCAUAUAGUACCUUGCAGUCAUCACAUUAGCUACUUUAUGAAUGCAAGACUUGAUUUUAUCACAAAGCAGUUCAACACAAAAUAAUUUCCCACUUGCACCACUGAUUUGUAGAUUAUAAAAUUGUAAUCAAAAUAGGAAUGAAAAUCAAUAAAAAGCUUGAUUUGAAGAAUUACUCAAUUACUCAAGGUAAGAUUGCUCUAAUGCAGGGGUGUCAAACACACAGCCCGUGGGAUGUUUUUUGUUGUUGUAUAAUAUAUAUAUUUUUGAAUCUGCAUUGAAAUUACUUAAAUAUUGAAACUGUGUAGGAAUCAGGGCUUGACAUGAACCUUUUUAGCCUUUGGACAAGUAGGACAGAUUUUUUACUUGUUUACCAAAGUCACUUGUCCGCCCCAAAAAAGGUCUGUAUCACAAGUCAAAAGGGUGAGUGAAAAUGAGUGAAGUACACAUAUCCGUGGGAAUUAGGGGUGUUGAGGGUGCAGCAUCACCCCCUAAUAAAUCACUUUAUUCAUAAAUGAGUGAUUCAAUUAGUGUACUAGGCCUUUAUUACUCCUGUAUGAUUACUGCUGUAUGAUUACUCCUCUUUGAUUACUACUGUAUGAUUACUGCUGUAUGAUUACUGCUGUAUGAUUACUACUGUAUGAUUACUCCUGUAUGAUUACUCCUGUAUGAUUACUGCUGUAUGAUUACUCCUCUUUGAUUACUAUUGUAUGAUUACUGCUGUAUGAUUACUCCUCUUUGAUUACUCCUGUAUGAUUACUGCUGUAUGAUUACUCCUCUUUGAUUACUACUGUAUGUUUUGCGCUGCUUUGGUGACUCUUAGCUGUCUACAUUGUCCUCUUGCUUUUUGUAAAUAUAACAUUUAUUGAAAUAGGCUAUAGCAAAUAGGAAUAUAGGCAAUUUACUACCCUGCUGUCUGAUCCAAUUCUGAUCAGAGUAAUUGUUUGAUAUUGUGAUUUAAAAAAACUGAAAUCUAUAUAUUCUGGUUGUCCGAUUUUAAAAACUUGCACCAGGCAAGUGGACAAACCUUAAGGUUGAGCCUUGGAAAUGAUAAUGGCCCUACAUCUACAGUCUCUUCACUCUGCCCAGAUUCAUAACCGUCAUCGGAACGAAAGCUAGACAGUCAGGGAGCAUGGGGAAAUUCCAAAAGCAAUGGAUAGAGAUUUUUGCUAAUUUUGACAGCUAGGAAACAUAAUCAAUCUAAAGUGAGGCCCUAUUGACCUCGGGGAAGACUGAAUGCGGCACUCCUGCUCUAAUUUUGUACAGGGUUUCCCAACUGCCGGCCCGCGGGUCCUCAAUUUAUUUGUAAAUAUGUUCCGAUCCCCUGACCAUCCACUCGAGAAAAAAUCAUCCUGCGGCUGAAUCUAGUUGAUGAUCCCUGAUUUAGUAGAAUAUACAAUAUAAAAACGGUUGAAUUAGUCAUGCCAUGCAUCAUUUCCCUAUUUCUCCGUAAAGCUGGUAAAAGAAACUCCAUUUAUAACAGGCCAUGUUGUUACAACAGAAAUGUUAUACGGCAUCUUCUUGUUGGCACAACAGAUAUUAUUUCUAUUUUGUACUGCUUGUAUUUACUUCCUCUGUUUUACCAAGAAAAACUGGGCUGUUCUCAGAUCUGUUUGUACUGUCUUGCCAAAUCAUAUGGUCAUUGUCAUGCCAAACAUGGUUGCCUACCCACGAAAACAUUUCCUUCACUAUUACUCACACCUGGGUCUCUGGAGUGGCCCAGCGGUCUAAGAGACUGCAUCUCAGUGCAAGAGGCGUCACAGCAAAUCCCUCGUUCAAAUGCAGGCUGCAUCACAUCCGGCCCUGAUAGGGAGUCCCAUAGGGUGGCGUCCGAUUUUGGGCGGGGUAGGCUGUCAUUGUAAAUAAUAAUUUGUUCUUAACUGACUUCCCUGGUUAUAUAAAUAAUAUUCUGGCUUCA